GUCCGAUGGACAUGUCGUCACUUCCUUUCUGCGUCCUCAUUGGUUCCCGUAGCUGACCCCGCCUCUCACCGGAAGCGCGGGAAAGUGUGUUUGUUUGGUGGAGGGCAGAAGGAGAAGGAGAAGUUACGGUGUGAUGGAGGUGGACAUCCUGGAGUUCAAGGUUCCUGUGGAGAACAACAAGACUCUGUUUGUAUGGGACAUCCAGCCGUCUCACACAGAGACCCAAAUCUACGACGGGUUGUCCCGCGUCUUCUCGUCCUUCGGUCCUCUCUACCUGCUGAAGGUGUGUCCCAACGCUCCGCUCAACCCGCCCGGGUUCUACGCCCUCAUCAAGUUCUACUCUGCUGCUCAGGCCUCAAAGGCCCAACGGCAGACUGACGGCCGGCCGCUGCUCCAGAGCUCUCCACUCAAGGUGAGGCUGAGCUCCAAACAGACUCCUCACUUCCUGUCUGACAACAGCAGACCUCUGAGCCACGCCCGCUGCCUGGAACUGGCCAAUCACUGCCUGGGAUUCAACGGCUGGACCUCUGACAUCAUCACACUGAAGGAGCUCACCAACGAAGAAGAAGAUGAGGAAGGUGAGGAGGAGGAAGGUGGAGGCAGACGGAGGAGGCUGAGGUUCGGCUGUCUGCUGCAGCUCUCCUUCCCUCAUCACGGACAGACGACCAGAGCAGCAGCAGUGGUGGAGGACAGCUUCACCUGCACAGGUCCAGAUGUUCUGCUACAGAAACGCUGUAAACUACAGAAGAUGGUCAGAGAGAAAGCUCUGGUCCAGGCCUUCACUGCAGUACUACUCAUACUACUAGGUGACGGUAAAGUGAUGGUGGAGGUGAAACAGACCUCAGACCAGCUCCUACCUGAGCAGACUGAAGGACUCCUCUAGGAACAUAAACUCUUCUUCGUGGACAAAUCUUAACUCGCUACAACUGCUUCCAACUGCUUCCAUUCAGAAGAUUGAUGCCUUUUGACUGUAACAGAAGCCUUUGAAAACCAGCAACAGUUCACACUUUUCACUUUUUUGUUGUUGUUUAUUCACUAACAAAAGCAGAAUUCCCACAUUGUUUUUCCAAUUACAAAUAUAUUUACAAAAAUAUUUCUUCAAUGCAAUAUAUUUUUAGAGCAAAGCUGGGAUUGCUAUGAUUACUGUACUUGAUAUGCACCCUAAUGAAACUCAACCAUCCAUGUUUUCCUUGAUGAAUGAUGGUUAUAUGAAUCCCAAUUGCUUACAGUGAAGUCCCUCAGUGUAGGAUUUGAAAUGUCUUUCUUUUGGCACCAUCUGAUGGUCAUAUCAAGAAUUACACUAUGGUAGACAGCAGCUGUCUGGUCAUGGGUUUCCCUUUAUAAUAUCUUAUCUACCUUAUAUGGGAAAAAUGUGAGAAUAUUUUGAGAAGUGUAGGACUGUAAAAGAGUAAUAAAGGAUAUAUCUGAAAGCAUUUUUGAUACUGAUCUUAACACAUUCUCCAACCAAACCAAUAGUGUUCUUCCUCUCUUGUCCUGCUUGUGGUUAACACAAAACUGCAUAGGGUUAAAAAGUUGUGUUAUUGUCCAGUGGUAAGGCUGUUUCAAGCAUGGACUAUAGUUUAUAAAGUGACUGGCGAAUCAAUUUGAAUGUGUGAGAGUGAAACACAGGUGACUCGUAUUAUACUU